UUCAUUUGAAAGAGUGCUCCUCAGCAUUUAAAAAAUGCAUUGGCUUGAAUUUGUAAUGCUAACUUGAGCUCUUUCUGAAACAAAAAAAUUAGAGUUCAGCUGCAAAUUUGACUGUAAGUUACAGAAUACGACAACUUGCUCGAUAAAGAACUGUAAAGCAAGAUGAAGCAUCCCCAGCCCCUUUGCCUUUAAAAUGCCAUGGAAGCACAGAGGCUCUCGGCAGAACACCUUAUCUGCUCUCGAAAGCUGUGACUCUUCAUCCUUUCGUUAUGAAGACCCAGGGGAUUGCUUACUUAGCAUACACCAGAGGCAAUGGAUAGGGUGAGCAGCCACUGCAGCCAGAAACCCCCAGUACAGAGCACAGGCAAUUCCCCUCCACAUGCAGAGACUUUGGAGCUGAAUUGUGCUGAAUAGAGAACCCUCCGGCUGAGCGAGCCAUGUGUGCCCGGGAAGAGCAGCCACUUUCGCUCCGCUGAAAAGCAAUGCAAGCACACCGGUGAGAACUGCUUCCAGGUCUGGGUGGAGGUGAACCUGAGCGCAGCCUGAACGCCGUUAAAGCCCCACUGACCAACAAAAACUUUUAAAAUAUGACUACAGUGAGGAUUUUAUCUCCACAAUGCUGCGAUGCUGGGAUGUGACAGGCUUCCUACCCAGGUCUGGAAGGUGGUUGAUGAUGUUAGGAGUAAAUAUAAACCCAGAUGAGGAGCGGCUCGAGCAAUGGAGGGACCAACUCCAGAGCCUGUGUACGUUGACGUGGACAAGGGACUGACAUUAGCAUGUUUUGUUUUCCUCUGCCUCUUCCUGAUUGUGAUGAUUAUUCGCUGUGCAAAAGUCAUCAUGGACCCUUACAGUGCCAUCCCAACGUCCACAUGGGAGGAGCAGCAUCUAGAUGACUGAAAGGACUUCACCAGACAGAGCCAUAAAAUGCUGUUGUCCAGGAGGCCUUUUCCCACUGGGAAGGCUAACACACAAACGACCAUUUUCAGAUAUGCAGGACAACGGCAAUAUCUCUAAGAGCACACAGUGUAAAUGAUUUUUGCUCAACAGGUCAAGAUGUCAGCAAGCCAUUCUGGCAGCACAGUUUACUACUAUGCAGCAACCCUUAUUUUACAGUUAUCAUUGUAACUCAAGUAGCACAAGAUUCUCCAGACUUUUACUAAUAUAACUGUUGGUCUAGCACAGUUUGUCCCACCCUCAGUAUCACCCACAAAUCUUGGGUAACCAUCAAUACCAUUAACAAGCAACAAGAAUAUCCUGUCUUUCCUGGAAAUAGAUUGCUUCAAAUAUUUCCCUCAGUCACUAUAGCAGCAUCUCAGAAAAGGCCCGGAUUUUACUGUUUUGUGUGCCAGAGCAUCUCUAAGCAGAAGUGCUGAAGGACCCCUGGUUAAGUAGGGUUAUGUGAGUAGAUUUACUCUUGACUCACUUGGUUCUGCACAGGCUCCCUACCCCACUGCAGCCGUAUUUCCAGUGAUCAGGGUGCAGAAGCACUCAGAAUAAGGGGGUACUGGACUAAUGUUGACCCUGUAGCACCACCUUGCUCUAUCCUACUCAUACAAAAACUAGGCAUAUCCUCUGCCAUGGGUCCAUGGAUUAGUCAAACCACUGGCUGCUAGCCAUGAGAAGCCCAUGGAGCAGAGCUUGGAUACUGCUGGUGUCAACUCCAUAGAACUUGCUGUGAUUUUCAAAGAGUGAUUCCACAUGCAACUUCAUCCAUCUUUUGUUUCAGGUGUAUUUCAGCAGGAUGAGACAGGACUAGAAUGACAAGGACAAUAAGCAGAGAUGUUGCUCCUGGCUUUGUCAUUCAGACUCCUCAGCAUAACAUUUGCAGUAACACACAAUAAUAUGCAUUCUACCUCUGAGAGAUUCAGCACCUUCAAUGGAAGAUUUUUCCCACAAAUUUGUAAGGUACAUUUCCUUCUCUCCUUUCAUUAAGACAGGCAUUAUGCAAGAAGUCAUAAGUGAACAUAGGAGCUCUGGAAAUUUAUUAUUUACCUUUGAGGAGUGGGGACUGCAAGAUUCCCAUGUCCUCUGUUCCUCAAAUUCUAAGGCUUCCUCACAGCUGCCUUUUUUUAGUGACUACAUGUUCAGCUCAUGGGACGCAAUACAGGGCAGGUACUGCAACCACAGCAAGCAUCAUGAACAGACAAGACUUGAAAGCACAAAACUGCAAGAAGGGCAUUUCACUAUUUCUCCUCUUCCUUACCAUCCUACCUGACCUCUAGUUCUUGCCAUAAGAGGAAGGAAGGAAUUGUGACAAGGAAUUGGGACAUAGACCUUGUAAGUUACUGUUCUAGCUCUGACAGAUUCGUUUGAUGAUCACACAAGUCACUUUGUGUGCGUCAGUGCACAAUAUUAUCUUGUCUCACAUCGUUUUGUCUAUCUCAGUACCAGAAAGUACUUGGAGAGCCUCAGAUAGAGACACAUGAAUUAAGGUUCUUAUUUACAAUUCUUCCUGAUGAAACUAAUAGGGAAGGUCUGGAUUGUAGUAUACAGCAUGGGAAGUUCUCCCCAGGCAAAGGAUUUGUCCAGACCCCCAUUUACUCUCUCAUUUUGAUUGCAGGAUUUUGAGCUAUGCCAAAUGGCACCUGGCUUUGUUACGUAUCCCACUGAUUUCUGAGGUGCUCAGCACUGUGAUUAGAGAACCCAAAAUAGCAGGCUAUAAGGUACAUGAAGAGUGUUUCAUAGAUUUUUUGAACUGCACAAUUUUUGCUGAUCUCUGUUGUAGGAGAUCCCAUUCAGGAGGCAGAAGAUUUGCAGAUUGGCUUUAAUUCUGAUGUCCUCUAGCAAGAGUCCUCCACUGCUUCCAUUACCCACUGCAGACUGCUCACCAGGCUGUUAUUUAGCCUCAGUUUCUGCUACCCAGUUAAUCAGCAGUAACAGAGGACUUUUCCAGGUGUGAAUGUUAAUGUUCAUCAUACUUGCAGCAAACACACUGUUCUCUCUUGUUCGUGAGCGGGUCCAUGUGUACCAUAGGAAUGGAUGCCCCAGCUCAAAGAGCAACACUUCUGUUCCCAGAAGUUUAGAACCCAUUUUUUGUCAUUAAGUCUUAUAUCCCACUUUGAUACUAGUGGGGCUUCUUACAAAAAAACCAAAAUAACCUAAUUUCCAGUCUAGGAAACUUUCAGUUUGCCGGUCACCUGCCUGCACACACGGCUGACGCAGAGCAAGGACAAAGCUUGUCCUCACACCUCCCAGUGCCAAUACUCCACUCAGUGUUUAUAUCUAUCUGCAUGCAGAACCCUUUGGCACUGUCAUAUGUCACUGAUAAGCUCCUGUUCAGCUAAGGACUUACGCAGGUGCUUAAGUUUAAGCCUCUGAGCAGGCUGUCCAACUACAGAGAGCAGGGUCGGUCAUGUGCCUGUCCUUGGCAGGGCAGGGACAGCAACACACAGUCCUUGCAGGAGCAAAGUCUAUGUAAGAACAAAGGGUUACAAAUGCCGGGGAAGCAAAUUGACAAAUUUUAUCUGCAAGGUUGUUUGCCACUUUUUUCUCUCUUUGUCCAGCUGAACAAACCAUUUAAUGGAUUUUCCUGAAAAUCCUAAUGGAAAGACCCCUCUGUGUAGCUCUAUUUUCUAAUAAAAAUGCUCUUAUCUUCCUGGCAUAGCCUAUCAAGUCCAUCCUUCGGUUGACAAAAAUGUUCUUCAACAACCUCUACAUAUAAUCACUGUGUAAAAGUCAAUGUGAUUGUUUUUAUAAAGAUAAUGUAAAUGCAUUCUAACUUCUGCCUUUCCCCACUGGUUACAGUCACACAACCUCACUACUCUUCAACCAAAAGCAAUACUAAACAUCAUGCCUAAAGCAGACGUAUUAUCCUCCUUGCCCUGGGAGUCAGGACCCUCCCACCCAAGGUGCAUCACUGCAGCUCCAGCUGGUGCCGACCCCACCGGCAAAUUCACACUCACAGCCAGUGGAAGGUCUGUUUUAGCAGGGGCUGCAUCACUGGGCUUGGUAGUAAUUUCAGCUGCAUGCAACAAGUGCCUCUGCUAGUUUUAGUUCUUUUUUAAUCAUUGUGCCAUACUACCAGCAAUUGCACUCAGAGGAAAUAACUCAAACUUGUUGCAAAUGUAUUUAUCUAAUGUAAUAAACAGCUU